UGGUGUUUCUCUCGAGCACACAUGUGUAUUGGGUAAGUUUAUCACUCAAUCUUCGGACAUUGAAACAGCACAAUGUAAUUUUGAUUUUCAUUCCUAAAGAAAUCAUAAUAUCACAGACAUCACGAGAUCAAGGUCUUCAAAUGGUUGUAACUUGACUGGCCAGAAAGAACAUUGAUUUUUCUAGAUAAUCAAAUUAGCACCAGUUGAAGGAGAGGUUUUUUUCUUCAAGAUUCAUUCAUCAUUUCCACUUUCUCAAGUCUAAGAACCACUUUUGUUGAAAGUAUCCAAAUUUCCAAGAAUUACGAAAUUAGGACAUUUAAUCCACAUUUUGAACAACCUAAAGGAAGAGGGCAUGCAGGAAACCCCAUCAUGAGAAAGAGUCAUCAACAGAUGAUGCUGAUCAAAACAAUUUCUAGGGAGAACUCAAUAUCUUCAGCUGGAGCAGUGAUGAAGAAAAGGACAAAUUUUGUGAAGAAUUAAUGGAAGAGAGUAAGAUAGAGAUGGAUCGGGUCCCCCUGGUUGAGUUUUUCAUCCAGUCUGCUGAACGCCUCCAAGUUUCCCCCAUUGUUAAGUACUCUGCAUUCUCCUUCUUAGCCGAUCGCUUCGUUCCAUUUCUUCCAACCUUCAUACAAGCUGCUGGAACUUCCUCUUCAAGUUGGCUAUUGCGACCUGUCACCCAGAGUACCUUGCAGCUGUUUGCGCUUAUUUCUCUGUGGAUUUCUACCAAAGUGCCUUCCUUUGUUGCUUCUCUCUUUUCAUUCGCCACUCUGUUACCCUUCUUUUCACAUCGCACUCAAAAAUCCAUUCAUGUAUUCAUGCAUUCAUGCAUGCAGAUACACAAUUCUCGACCACUCUCCGUUGCAUGUUUCAAGUCCUUGGCUGACACUUCCAUCCAGGAGCAGCACUUCACUACUCGUAAUUUCCUUGAAGCAGAGGUCCUCUUCAUGCAGGUUUUGAAUUUUGAGAUUGGUACAGCAAAUAUUGCUUUCUUCUUCCUUGAAGAUCUUUGGGUUCAGUUCAAGGGAGUGGCCAAAGUUGGCGAAUUGAUUAGCAUUGAAGUUUGCAUGGAUAUUAUGGAUCUUUUAUAUGAAAAAGAGGAGAUGUCGGUUCAUUUUAGGUCCCCUAAGUCCCUUGCUGCGUCAAUCUUGGUUACGUCAUACCUAAUCACGGUCCCUAAACAGAAAUGGGAGUUUCCUGUUCUUGCAUGGGUAAAUUUUGUGACCUCAUGUAAGGAAGAUGAUAUCACAAGAUUGGUGACCAAGAUUCUCAAGCAUGUUCUCCGUCCUUCCUGAGAUAUGAUCAGGUAAGUGGACUUCGACAGAAUGAAUCACUUUUAAUAUCUGAAAUCUGGCCCCCAUCAGUGCACUAUGCAAUUACUAAAUUUUGUUGAAUUUGAUAGUUAAAAUCAAUUGUCUGCAUAAAGUGUGCAUAUUAUUAUCCAAUGAAAAUAGUUUAAUGAAGCUGAUUGAGUAUAGUAUAUCGAAAAUGUGGAUUCUUAUUCUAACUCCUGUCUUCUGGUUUAUUUAUCCUAAUUAUUUACAUGUAUGAUGACAGUCUUUAAUGAAAUGAUACAUGAUAUUCUUAGCUUAAUUGUGUUUUGGAUAACUUGUAUAAUUCUCUGUUGUGUGAAUGGUACUGAAGUAGGUGGCGGCAAAAAAAAUUAGUCAUUCAGGAUCGCAGAAGAGUUUGAGGAUAAAUAUGUAGCCAUAUAUCAAAGAAGAACAUUCAAAAUUAAAAAAUUGAAGAGAUAGUACUCUUCCAUUCACCAGUUAGUAAUGGAAGACAUUGUGCUACAUAUGACCAGCUAUUAUGCUUCAAUUACUUGCAAGUGGGUUACGUCUUUCUUUUUAGAUGAACUUGGUGCUAUCUUUUUUUCAGAAUUCAUUCAUCAGUUACCUAAAGAGAA